CAUAAAAUUAAAUACCCAAAUUGUGCUGCUAAUAUUGCAUUUGCACCUUCUCUCUAUUUUCUCUUAUCAUACAGUACGCGCAUUUCCAAACUUUUAUAAUUCCUUUUCCAGCACACUCAUACCGGUCAACAAAUCUCAAACUGACACGCGCACAUGCCAAUUUCAUUUCAAUUUCAUAAAAUUCAAAACAAUACUACAAUACCCACUUUCAAUAUAACUACUAUUCUAAUCCAAUAUUAUAUUCCAUAACUAUAUAUAAAACACUCAUUCCUUCUCCUUCCCACACUCAAAACAAAUUACAAACAUCCUUCUUUUCUUUCUUCAACACUAUUCAUUCCAACAGAAUCAAAUUAGGGUUUCUUCAUGGGAAAUUACAUUUCAUGCACAAUAGCACCACCAUUGAUGAGGAACGCCAAAGCUACCAGAGUAAUCCUUCCAACUGGAGAAGUGAAGCAAUUUAGAGAAAUCAUGAAAGCUGCAGAGCUUAUGUUAGAGAAUCCAAACUAUUUCUUAGUCAAUUCUAGUUCUCUUCACAUUUCUACCAGAUUCUCUCCUCUCGCCGCAGACGAAGAAUUGGAAUUCGGAAAUGUUUACAUAUUUUUUCCUAUGAGAAGACUCAACUCUGUCGUUACGGGGGCUGACAUGGCGGUGCUCUUUUUGGCGGCGAAUUCUGCUGCGAAACGGCUACGUGCCGGAAAGACACGUGUCCAACCGGAUGAGAGUUCGGGUGGUGGUGUUGAGAAUGAUGAAAACGACAGUGUUCCGAGGUUGAGUUUGGAAGGAGUGGAUUCCGGAUUUAGUUAUAGAUUAAGUUAUUGCAGAUCCAAGAAACCUAUUUUGGACACUAUCAAUGAAGAACCAAUUACCUCAAGAUGAUAGGUUUAGGUUAUUAUUAUCAAUGUUUCUUGGAUGAUGUUAAUACAAUUGGUUAGGUUAGAUAGAAAUUAAUUGGGUUAAUUCAUACAAUACACUUCAAAAAAUUAUGUGAGGUUGUAGGUGUGGCAAGCUAUAGUAUAAUUGAUAUGUACAAAAUUAAUUUGUGGAAUGAACAAGUUUGCGCGUUAUAUUCA